AUGUGUGACCAGGAAGAAAUACGCAAGUUAUGGCUGUGCCAGAAAACAAUCUUCCAAAUGAUGAAGUGCCGUGGAUAUACGGUUUCUGAAGCAGAUCUUGAAAUGGAUCUUGAUCUGUUUAAAACCUCGUAUCCUGCGCUUAUAAACACGGGAAGCAAGCAUUCGCUUUCAAUGCUUUUCCAGCAUACUACUAUGCCAGAAAAACAGCUUUUUGUCUUUUUCCCAGACAAUGCGUAUUUCAAGGCAAAGGAUAUAAAGCUGUACACCUCUACAUUGGGAAAGCAAAACAUACACAAUGGAAUAAUUGUGUGCAAAGAAACUCUUAAGGCACACAGUCUCAAAGCACUGGAUGAGUCAAGAAAGGAAUAUGACUUAGAGCUAUUCUACAUAAGAGAGCUGCUUUUUAAUAUUACAAAGCACAAGGAUGUGCCCAAGCAUAUUUUACUUACAGAAGAGGAGAAGAAGAAUGUCUUAAAAGAAAGAAAAGUGGGUGAGGCACAGCUUAAGAAGAUAUUAGUAGACGAUCCUGUCAAUAGAUAUUAUGCAGGAAAAAGAGGGCAAGUCUACAGAAUAAUAAGAAAUUCAGAAACUGCCGGUAUUUCAAUAGAGUACAGAAUAGUAGAGUAAAAUAAGAUGUGCGUUAUAUGCAAAGCA